AUGUUCAGGGGGGCGAUAUUCUGGUGCAGCGAUCGCGGUAUGCUAUCACAUCUGGUGAAUCUAGGCGACCCCCACCCUAAUAUCUGGGUCGACACUUCGGGCUGCGAACAGUUCGGGUCUUCUGAUUUACCCCGUCGCUGCACGGAGGCUGUCGGGCGGAGUCGUUUUAUGGGUACUGGCCACUCUCUAGCGAGCUUGGACCCAAGGGAAAUCCUUUGUUUCUCCAGCCUUUACAACUUUCAAUACCGGCCUGCUAAGGCAAUUUGCGCCCCGGUUGAACUCAACGGUACAGCUGCUCUGGAACUACGGAGGGUAGUCUACAUAAUCCACAUUCACAGCGUCGAGGCGCGCAUGCCAUCAAACCAAGACAAUUCGCCUUGGAAAGAUGGAUCCCGAACCCCACACCGCAUAUCAGAGGUUCUGAAUCUCACAAUGUUCGUCAAUAAUCGCCAAUGUCCGAAUAAUUGCCAUAUCUUCUCAGGAGGCCCAACUGUCUUUAAGACCAGGUGGACACCAACGUCUGGGUAUUUCGAAUUUUGCCGAAUUAUCUGA